AUGGGCGACGAUAAGUUCGAGUACAAAUCCCUCCCUAUUCCCACAUAUGAGGAAGCCACCGCCCAUGCUUCCUCCUCCCGGUCCGACCUGGGUGAUGGCACCGAUGCCGAACGACAAGGGCUCCUCGGUCGCGAGGCCUCCAACUAUCAACCCCCGACGGUAGAAUCCGAACGCGGUAGUCUCGAUGGCCUCGCCUCCUCCGCAUCGGGCUCGACCCGGGGGUCGACCGAUGAACUGCGGAGGGAACUGGAUCAGAUGGAUGUGGACGACUCCGGAUCCAGCAGCACUCGUCCCGGGCUACGGCAUCACUUCUCCAAACGGUUCUCCAGUCUUACCCGCACGUUAUCAGCGAUCCAACGACCCCUGCAACGAUAUCUCCCGCGCAUGCCCAGUUUCCGUUUCACGAUAAACCUCAGCGAUACCCGGGCGCGCAUGAAGGACCAUGGCUGUAUCAUGCUAUUGCGGCUAUUCGCAUUGCUGUUGGUUGUUUCCUUGGUUUAUGUCUUCUUUAUCGGAGACAUCUUCAAUCUGAACAAUCGCAUGGUCAUGGGCCAGUCCUACAGUGCAUCAUCCGUGGAGAACUUCGUUCAGGGACACAUUAACGAAACCAACAUUGCCGAGAACUUGAAGUUGGUCGCUGGUAAUACUCGUGUUGCGGGAACAGAGGGAAGCUUUGUGCUGGCAGAAUGGAUUGAGCAUGAGUUUUAUAAGGCUGGAUUUGAUGAGGUGAAGCGAGAAGAGUUCCAGGUCUACCUGAACUACCCACGCGACGAUGGUCGCAAGGUGGCCAUCGUGGAUCCGCCUCAUCUGGUUUGGGAGGCCACCCUGGAGGAAAACGGGGCACAAUACCCUGUAUUCCAUGGGCAUUCCAAAUCUGGGAAUGUCACGGGACCUCUAGUAUAUGCGAAUUUUGGUUCGCGCGACGAUUUUAAGCUCUUGGCCGAUAAGGGCGUACAGGUCAACGGCUCGAUCGCUCUAGUACGGUACUACGGAACUGAGGGUGAUCGCGCACUGAAGAUCAAGGCUGCCGAACUGGCAGGAGCUGUGGGUUGUAUCAUCUAUUCUGACCCAGCUCAGGAUGGCUUUGUGCAAGGUCCUGCAUACCCCAAGGGCCGGUUUAUGCCCUCAGAUGGUGUACAGCGAGGCGGCGUCAGUCUCAUGUCUCAUAUUGUUGGCGACGUUCUCAGCCCGGGCUUUGCAUCCACUCCGGAGGAGAAGAAGCGACUCUCUCCAGAAGACAGCCCGGCCUUGGUUAAAAUCCCAAGUUUGCCCAUCGCCUGGCGCGAUGCGCAACGACUCUUGCAGGCGAUCGAAGGCCAUGGCUCCAAGGUACCGGAUGAAUGGGUUGGCGGAGUGCCCAAAGUUCAGGAAUGGUGGACGGGCGAUAAAAGUUCGCCCACUGUUCACUUGAUGAAUCUGCAGGACGAAGUCGAGCGACGGCCCAUUUAUAAUGUCCAUGGAACGAUUAUCGGAUUGGAGGAGCGCGACAAGAAAAUCAUCGUCGGUAAUCACCGAGAUGCUUGGUGCUUGGGAAGCGUCGAUCCUGGUAGUGGUACUGCAGUCUUCCUGGAAAUUGUGCGAGCCUUUGGCGAGCUGCUCACGUAUGGGUGGCGGCCACUUCGAACGAUCGAGUUUGUCAGUUGGGAUGGAGAAGAGUAUAACCUGAUUGGCUCAACUGAGCAUGUCGAGAAAGAAAUCGACAAUCUCCGAGCCAACGGAUACGCCUAUUUGAAUGUCGAUGUGGGUGUCUCAGGCUCCAAGUUCCGCGCAUCAGGGUCCCCAGUCUUUGAGCGCUCAGUACAUCAGAUCCUGGGCCGUCUCUCCGACCCCUUCGCCAAUAAGACGCUGAAAGAACUCUGGGAUGACCGAGGUCAGCGGCUUGAGCCUCUCGGUGCCGGCAGUGACUACGUUGCGUUCCAGGAUAUUGCCGGCACUUCAAGCAUUGACUUCGGAUUCGAAGGCGAGGCAUACCCUUACCACAGCUGCUAUGAAUCAUACGACUGGAUGGAGAAGUUUGGCGAUCCCGGCUUCGUAUAUCACAAACUCCUCGCUCAAUUCUGGGCUCUUCUCCUGUUGGAUGUCUCGGAGAACCCGAUGUUGCCGUUCGACAUGGAAGCCUACGGCAAAUCUGUGACCGGAUGGGUCAAGGAUUUGGACGAGUUCGCAAAGGCUAAGAAUGCAGAGGUCGACAUGCAACUUAUGUAUAACGCUGCAGCGGAGCUCGAGACCAGCACGGCACGGUUCCAGUCCUGGAACGAGGUUUGGCACGAUAGUGUUUGGGGCUCUGGUGGAUACGAGAGCAACGUCAUGGCGAUUCAGCGGGUCAACCACAACGUUCGAAUGGCCCAAUUCGACACUCAUCUUUUGGAUCUAGAAGCGGACGGCGGUAUUCCCAACCGAACCCAAUUCCGCCAUGUCGUCUUCGGGCCAGAACUUUGGUCGGGUUACGAUGCUUCCAUCUUCCCUGCGAUUCGCGACAGUAUCAACGCUGGGAACUGGUCACUCGCCCAGCAUUGGAUUGACCGGGUCGCCAACAUUAUUCACCAUGCUAGCAACAAACUCUUGAAUUAA